GGAUCGGCUGCUUACCAGAUCGAAGGAGCGGCUCUUGAAGAUGGAAAAGGACCAAGUUUCUGGGACAAUUUCGUUAGAAAAUAUCCAGAAAGGAUCGUUGAUGGAAGUACAGGGGAUGUAGCAGUUGAUUUUUAUCAUCGCUACAAGGAGGAUAUAAUGCUUAUGAAGAGAAUUGGUUUGGAUUCCUUCAGAUUCUCCAUUUCAUGGUCCAGAAUUUUACCCAAGGGGAAACUCAGUAGAGGAGUGAACCCAUUGGGUGUCCAAUUCUACAACAAUCUCAUUGAUCAUCUCCUUGCCAAUGGUAUAAAGCCCUUUGUGACUUUACUCCAUUUUGAUCAUCCCCAAGCUCUUGAAGAUGAAUAUGGUGGAUUUUUAAGUCCCAAGAUUGUGGAUGACUUUGUUGAUUAUGCUGGUUUUUGCUUUAAAACGUUUGGGGAUAGAGUGAAGCAUUGGGUGACGAUGAAUGAACCAAAUGGGUGGAGCACGGGACUUGCCACUGGCUCUUCCACUUCAUCGAACCAGUCUUAUAUCUUAGCCCAUCACUUCCUUCUUUCCCCAUGCACUCCAACGGCUAUGAACGUGCAGGCAUCUCAAAAGGGAGAAAUCGGAAUUACCUUAGUAACCUUCUGGUUCAUUCCAAAAUAUGAUACAACUGAAGACCGCAAGGCAGCUUCCAGGGCAUGGGAUUUCCUUUCCGGAUGGUUUUUAGAUCCAGUAAUCCACGGUGAGUAUCCAAAGAGCAUGCAGGCAUUGGUAGGGAGCAGAUUGCCCAAAUUCACUAAAGCAGAGUCCAAGAUGUUAAAAGGGUCCAUUGAUUUCCUCGGUGCAAAUUAUUACACUAAAGCAGAGUCCAAGAUGUUAAAAGGGUCCAUUGAUUUCCUCGGUGCAAAUUAUUACACUUCAAACUACGCAGCAAAUGCUCCUCCGUCAAAUACUUCCAACUUGUUCAGUGAUGCCAGGGCAAAUAUCACAACCGAGAAGAAUGGAGUCCCGAUCGGCACACCCACUGAUGUGAGCUGGCUUUUCGUAUAUCCGAAGGGUUUGAGAGAUCUUAUGCUACAUAUAAAGAAGAAAUACAACAAUCCACCUAUUUACAUCACGGAGAACGGGGUGGCUGAAGCAAAGAAUGACUCGUUGCCAAUAAAAGAAGCCCUCAAAGAUAGCACAAGGAUCAGAUACCUUGACGGCCACUUAAAGUUCCUGUUAAAAGCAAUACAGGAGGGUGUUGACAUAAAGGGUUACUACAUGUGGGCGUUUCUGGAUGACUUCGAGUGGACUUCUGGGUAUACCCUUAGGUUUGGGUUCACAUACAUUGAUUACAAGAACAAAUUGAGAAGAUACCUUAAGCAUUCAGCUUACUGGUUCAACAAGUUUCUCCAUAGUUAACUGCAACAGUCCAGCCCAUUGCGGGGGCAAUACCCAUGCCCA